UACCAUAUUUGCUGCAGUGAGCCAGGGGUGGCAACCAGAGAGCCCAGGAAUCCUCCUGUAUUCUCUCUCAAUCUCAGGGUUACAGAGACAAACCACCCGGCCAGCUUUUUACAUGGAUGCUGGGAUCUGAACUCAGGCCUCAUGCUUGGGCAGUGAAUAGUCCCGCCACGUGUCUACCCUUCUCACUGUCUCCCUGUCUGGUAACCUGGCUGCUCCUGGGAAAACAGCUGAGCAGACAGGGCAGAAUCAGAGGUCCGCAAGGGGUCCUGAAGGGGAUUAGGACAGAGCGAGUGGGUGGUAAGAAGUGGGUGGCGAUAUGCCAGCACUGUGCAUUGUGGGUGGUGACAGCAGCAGAUCCCAGCCUGCAUCAUGGCAAAGUGGGCAGGCUUGGUGAUCCCUGUCAGACAUAGGUAGAACCCUAGGUUUGAGCAGGUUCUGUACCCUAACGGAGGGAGCCUGCAGGAAGGGGGCAGCCAAUCAGAGGACGCUCGGGUCCCAGACAUUGGAAGUUGAAGUCACCAGGGAGGACCUCUGAGAGUGUCCCUUUGUCCUUGGUGGCUGUGAGAUGGGCCGGCAGCUCUUCUGCAGCUUGCCCAUGGGCUGUUGUCCCAUAGCUAUUUUAUUGAGUGCCAGUCUGGGGUCAGUGCCAGGCGUUGGUUUGGGUGACAGGAGCAGGAGCCUCUGCGUGUGUUGCCUCUGUUCCUGGCACAGAGUAUAGAUGAGAGAGAACCGAGAGCCUGUGUGUCCCUGCGUGGUGGCCAGAAAAAGUGUCAGGUGAAGUCAGCAGUACCGUGCCUCAGCCCUGUGACCCCCCCCCCCCGAGGCACUGAGGGUACCUUGCAUUUCUGACUUUCUUGUGUUGGCUUUGUUCUGUAAAGCCCACUGUCAUGUCCUGUCUUAUCAUGUGACUGUCUGGUGUCUUCCUCUUGGCCUAUUGGGCUGCAUUUAUUGAUCUGUGUUUGUUUUCCCAUUGGUGACAGGCACCCAGGCUGUCCCUGGCAGAGCCUGCUGCAAGCACUCAGGACUGUCAGGGCAGGAAGCUGUGGUGACCAGGCUCGAGGACUGGUGCUUGGAAAUGAGAGCCUCCAGGGGAGAUGUAUACCAGGUGGGCCUGCUGACCCGUCCAUGAGGCGGGCCCCCUGGCUGGGCCUGCGACCCUGGCUGGGCAUGCGCCUGUCGGUGCGUAAGGUGCUGCUGGCCGUGGGCUGCGCUCUGGCCCUGGUGCUCGCUGUGCAGCUUGGGCAGCAAGUACUGGAGUGCCGGGCGGUGCUCGGGGGCGUGCGGAGCCCACGGAGGAUGCAACCGGAGCAGGAGGAACUGGUGAUGCUCGGCGCCGACCACGUGGAGUACCGUUACGGCAAGACCAUGCCGCUCAUCUUUGUGGGCGGCGUGCCACGCAGUGGCACCACCCUCAUGCGCGCCAUGUUGGACGCGCACCCUGAGGUGCGCUGUGGGGAGGAGACGCGCAUCAUCCCUCGCGUGCUGGCCAUGCGGCAGGCCUGGACCAAGUCAGGCCGCGAGAAGCUGCGACUGGACGAGGCAGGUGUGACAGAUGAGGUGCUGGACGCGGCCAUGCAGGCCUUCAUCCUGGAGGUGAUCGCCAAGCACGGCGAGCCGGCACGCGUGCUAUGUAACAAGGACCCCUUCACACUCAAGUCGUCCGUCUACCUGGCACGCCUGUUCCCCAACUCCAAAUUCCUGCUAAUGGUGCGUGAUGGCCGGGCGUCCGUGCACUCCAUGAUCACACGCAAGGUCACCAUCGCGGGCUUUGACCUCAGCAGCUACCGAGACUGCCUCACCAAGUGGAACAAGGCCAUCGAGGUGAUGUACGCACAGUGCAUGGAGGUGGGCAGGGACAAGUGCCUGCCUGUGUACUAUGAGCAGUUGGUGCUGCAUCCCCGGCGCUCACUCAAACGCAUCCUGGACUUCCUGGGCAUCGCCUGGAGUGACACAGUCCUGCACCACGAGGACCUCAUUGGCAAGCCUGGGGGCGUCUCCUUGUCCAAGAUUGAGCGGUCCACGGACCAGGUCAUCAAACCCGUGAACCUGGAAGCUCUCUCCAAGUGGACUGGCCACAUCCCCAGAGACGUGGUGAGGGACAUGGCCCAGAUUGCCCCCAUGCUGGCCCGGCUUGGCUAUGAUCCGUACGCAAAUCCACCCAACUAUGGGAACCCCGACCCCAUUGUCAUCAACAACACACACCGGGUCUUGAAAGGAGACUAUAAAACGCCAGCCAAUCUGAAAGGAUAUUUUCAGGUGAACCAGAACAGUACCUCCCCACACCUGGGAAGUUCGUGAUUUCCAGUCUCCACAGGGCUCAGAUGCCUGAGUCCUCGACCUGCACACGGAAGCUGGACUAACCCAAGCACAUGGCUCUCGGUCAUGCCAGGAUGGAGCAGUCAUACAUCUCGGCAGAAGCUAGCUCAGAACCUCUGUUCUGGGCAACACCGAGGAGGGAGAGACUACUUCGGUUUCAGAGACUUGGGGAUUUUCUAUUUUUUUUUUCUCCUUGAGAACUUUUUUUAAAAGAAUUGAAUUUGCUAUCUUCCCUAAUGGACAGGCUCCUUGGUGACCUCAUCUCCUGGGAUAAGACCUGUGACCCGUGCCUCUCCUUGACUGGACGCUGAACUCAAAGGAUCUAUUUAAGAGUUUAAUAUAUGGGCUCUCCUCUCUUUAGUCCUACUCAGUUUCACAGAGAAAAGAAAUUAAUUAUUUGAAUAAAGUAGACAGGCUGCUGUCUGUGCCUUACUUCA